CAAACGAGAAGAGGACGGAUCUUUUAAAUGCGUAGCGAGAAAUAUUAUUGGCAUGGUGGAAGAAGUGGUUAAAAUCACAGUUCAAUACCCGCCCUCAGUCACCAUAACAUUCGCUCAAGAAGAAUCAGUUCUGCAUUGCAUCCCAGAUGGUAAUCCGUCUAGCUACACCUUUCAUUUUUGGGAGCAUCGUUCAAAUUUUGGACAAACGAUCCGUAUGCUGGGUAAUAACCAAGAUCUGCAACUUCAAAGCAGGGACCUAAGGUACCAAAUGAAUGGGAUUUACAUCUGUAGAGUUGAAAACGGUGUGAAAGAUAUCAAUGGAUCGACAAUUCAGUUAGCAGAGACACGCGUACAAUACGAUGAAAGACCUAUCAUCGUUUCCCAGAAUGCUGUAACACAAUAUGGACGAUUUGGAUCUCCUAUUAAUAUCAAAGUUCAUGUGUACAGUUUCCCAGAAAUAACAGGAGUAAUUAUAAACGUGAUGAAGCAUGAGGAGUAUCAUGCUAUCAAAAGUACAUACAUUUCAAUUACGAACUCAACCUUAACAGAUACAAUAUUUGAUAAAGAAGUUCAAAUACAUGGAUUUACCAUUAGACUUCAAGGAUAUAACCUUACAAAACACGACUUCACUUCUUAUGAAUUUAAAAUUAAAAAUGAAAUAGGCGAAACAGUGCAUUUGGUUAAACUUUCCGCAGCUGAUUUACCAGAGAAACCAAAGAUAAUAAAGGUAGUUGCUGACAUAGAAAAUCUUACGGUCUACUGGAAUAGUACAUUUAACGGCGGAAAACAACAACAGUUUAUUUUAGAGUAUAAAACGGUGGAUACUAUUGAAUGGAAUAAAUCCCUACCGAUAAAUGAUACAUCUGUUGAUUGCUGUCAUCAUGUUUUAAAACAUCUCGAGGCAAAUACAAAUUAUAUGUUACGGAUUGUUGCUAUUAAUGAAAUAGGAAGUAGUAAUUUUACCAAUAUACAUAUAGUAAAAACAUUCGCAUUUAAACCAAAACAUAUCAGAAUGACUGCACACCUUAUUGGGACAAUCGUCGGAAUUGUCAUCGUUGUGACAGCCUUAACAAUAGCUAUAUCGUUACGUCUGAAGAAAGGUUUUGUUUGCAAGACACAGUUUCUAAGGAAUUCUUACGUCCAGGAUCGCGAACUUAGAGAUGAAAUGUCUGUUGAAAAUUUCAUUUACCAGUCACAAGAAAGAUCAUUAGAAAGUAGACUCCAAGACUCUGAUCCUGACAACCAUAGAAGCACGAAUCAACACCAAACAACAGCACUGCUUCAGGGCCGAAUUGAAAUUCCCUAUCAAAACCAUUUCACAUCAAAUUCAUCUAAUAAUCAAGCUGGUUUUGCAGUUGAAAAUAGCAUCUAUCAAGGCCAAACGUCCAAUAAAUUCGACAGAAUGCAACAUUGCGUUAGAACAUGCAAACAUUCUAGUCAUGAGACCAUAUUAUCAAAUAGAAAUCCAAAUAUAAACGGAAUGAGAGGUCAAUUUUCUGGAAAGACCUUCAAGGUAGGACAUGAACAGGACAAUGACGCAUUACAUUACGUAGAUGUAGUUUUUGAUCCAAUAAAUCAAACAAAUGAGGCACAUAUUCAUGGAAUCAAUGACAGAACAAUCUAUGCCGACAUUGACACAGGAGCAGUUGGUAUGCCACUAGAAGAGAGUGAGGAGGAGGUUGACAAUGAGGACGAUGACGAUUUUAUGUAUAUUGUUGGAAUAAUUGACUAUACAAAAAAGUCAUAAGAUCAGAUCAAACAAUUUUACAAUGUUCAUGUAGACCUUUUUGGAAGAUGGAAGACAAAAUUCGUCAUAAUAUAAGGUUAUUCCCAAUGAACAGAAAUUAAAAAAAGCAUUACCCAUAUCUAUCAAAAUUAACGCAGUUGUCCCGAACUUAUCUUACAAUCAUACUUUUUAUGAAAUUGUGGAGGUUUGUA